AUGAUUUAUAGACCUUUACUCAUUGAAACUUGUUAAUAUAAAUAUCGAAUGGGGAGUGAGGAAAAAUCCUUCUCCAUAAAAAAAAAAGUUGAUUACUAUCCUUUCUUUAGAUAAAAGGUUAGUCAAUCAUUUCACAUUGAACCUCUUACAGCAGAUAAAAAGAGAUCAAAAAGAUAACUGACAUUGAAUCCAAAAUUAGGAAAUUCGGAUAUUAAUAUACAAUAAUAUAUUGAGUUUAAUAUUAAAGAACAGCCUUUGAAUACUCAAACCAACAAAAGAGUCAGAAAACUUAUUAUAUAGGAUAAUAAACUAUUAAGAAAAUAAAAUAAGAUUAAUGUUUUUGCUGAAAUUGCGACAUAAAAGCACAAAUCAUAUCAUUAGCAACAAAUAAAAAAGCAGGUUACAACAAUGUUGGAUUAGGGGUAGCUUUUUAGAAAGGUUGAAAGUCCUUAAAUGAGUGCAAAAGCCUAAUAAAAAGAAUAAUAAAAAUAAUUAGAAUUUCAAUCAAAAACAUAAUAAAAUAAUGCAGAACAAUAAAUACAGGAUAAGGUUCAAAAUUAUUUAUCCAGAAAGAGUGUACAUCUCUAACGACUCUCUCAAAGGAUGGACGAUAUUAAUGUAUCCAAAGGAUCCAUUAUAUAGACAAGUUCAGCUGAAAGAGAUUUGAAAAUUUCCUCCACUUUUUUCAAAGACUUUAUAGGAGUAUCUCAAUAAUUAAAAAAUAAAGAGAAAUAAGAUCCAGAAUUGUUAAAGGAAUCCUAUAAAUAUUGGGCAUAAGCCAUAAGAACAAAAAAGGACCCGUUAAAGAAGAGGAAGGUUGGAGCAGUAUUUAGUACAUCAAUAAGAGUGAAACUUGAAAAAAUGAGAGCUUUAAUUUUAGAUUGUGUCAAAAAAUUGAGAUUUAUGAAACUGGAUCCUGAAUAGUUAAUGUAAAGUAGAACAAUAUUAAAACAACCUUAUUAAAGAGAGGGAUCCUAUGUAUUUUUUAAAGGGGUGACUAAAAACGAUUUAGAUUUGGUAAAAUUGAUGCUUGAUAAGUGCAGAUUUUAUGCUUUUGAUGUAAACGAGAAUUUUCAAACAGCCUUACAUGUUUGUGCUAGGAAAGGGUACUUAUAAAUAGCAAAGCUAUUGUUUCAACUUGGAACUUAUCCUGAUGUAAGGGAUGUCAGCAACAGAACUCCACUCUAUUAUGCACUUAUAAACAAUUAAAAAGAAUUAGUAUAACUAUUGUUAUCACAUAAAUGUAAUCCUUGGUCAUUUCCUGGUUGUACCUAUGAAACUGAUGAUCCAGUGCUUACAAAAAUGCUAAAAAUAGCUAGGAGACUUGAUAUGUUGUUACUGAUGACCCCCUAUAAUACGAGAUAGUCAACUUGGAUCAAUUAUUGUAGAGUUUUCUAUGAAUUUUGA